AAAAGCCCCGCCAAAAUCCCCACUCUCGCCCUCUUCGUCUACCACUCCUUCUCCCUCUCCUGGCCCCAAGCCCUCUUCUGCUGCUGGCUGGACAGAGGAUGAGGCUCCACCACCACCCCUGCCCAUCAAGCCCUACCCGCCAAGGAUAAACGACGCCAUUCCUCCCUCGCCAUUCUCUGUCAACUUUCCCCGGGACGACGCAGCUGGCCCAUCUUCAGAGGCGGAAACGGGCAACGGCCUGCUUAGCACAAGGGACCCAGGCGCAUUGAUGGAUGCUACACGCUCGAAGAAGACAAACGUUCGUAGGAGCUCGAAGAUACCUGUACCCAGGCCAACGUCGACGUCGAAGAGCAACGACGAGGCGCUGUCAGAUACCACGUCGCGUGACGGAGAAGAGCAUGACGACGGGCGCGACUCAGUCUACAGCAACGCAUCGUGGGCAUCUAGCCGCCAUCGAAGCGUAGGUCUGAGCGCCAUUGUGACGACAGCAAGCGCGAUGAGCAUCAAGAGGGCCAUUGCCAGCCCAAGGCCCAUGCCGUCGCUUGCCAACCCCUCUGCCUCUUCUUCUUCUUCCUCCUCCUCCUCUGCCGCUGCCGCGGCCACUGCUGCCUCUGCUCCCAAUGCAAACAGCAGGGGAAGAGGGCCCCGAGUGGAAAAAGGUACGGGGGUACAGGCCAGGAGGAAAAGCCGAGACAAGAGCUCGACUAGAUCUUCAACGACGUCCUCCAUCAUCUAUCCUACAGUGGUGCUAGAGGAGAGGAAGAAGAGCGGCAGCGAUGCAUCUCCUUCUGCGUCCCGACGGAUCUCUGGGGUCGCUUCUCCACCGCCGCCACUCCCUCCUUCGACGAGCACUUCAUCGCGACUGAUGUUGGCCGAGAAGAAAAGCAGGGAGCAGCAGGCCACACGAGCCAAGGAUGCCUCGUACGAUUCAAUGUUGACUCCUUCGAGCGCGAUUUCCUCAGGACCCUCCUCGUCGGUGAUCACGACGCCACCUGCCGAGCAGCUCCUCACCCCACCAAACGCCACCGCAAGCUCAACCGGGCUUCUGACCGCACACACAGAGGAACGCCGGCCAUCGCUGCAACAUCGAAGAGGAAAAGGCUCCUUUGCUUCGAGCAUUGCGCUCCUCGACCCGCUCAGCGAUCGUUGGGGCUCAAUGAGCAGCCAGGGUUAUGAAAAGGACAAUGCGGCCCUCACAUCACUCGACGAGGCCUUUGCUACAGCGGCGGCAAAGUAUGGACAUGCAAACUUGCCUACGCUCGUCUCGCCGACAUCGCCCGCAAUGGCCUCCUCUCCACGCUUGCCAGCUUCUAUAUCGGACCACGUCAAGUCACCGUCAUCAUCCACCUUUGACAUCGCUGGCUCGUCGGGUAAGAGGUCGUUGUCGACGUCCAACGAGCAUCGGUAUGACUCAGCCGGAGCAGCGCCAACCAAGGAGCUUCUCCUGACGCAACUACUCGCUUCGCUGGCCCACGUUGACGCUCAAGCUUACGAGCCGUUGAGGUCGAUCGAAGAGGUCGAACAAUGCAAGGCGGAGGUGAAGCGGCUCGAGAAGAAGAUUGUCGACCUGACACACAAGCUCAAGGUUGAAAUGAGGGUCCGUGACGCCGCCGACAAGGUCCGUCGCGCGCUGUCGUCCUCCUCGGGAAGCAAGGCUGCCAAGUCGACCUUCCAUGCGAGAAGCGCAAGCUCGGCAAGCAGCACGAGCGUCGCCACGAAUGCACCCGUCAGUGCGACGAACGCGCCGGCCACGUUUGAGGAGCUGCAGAAGGCAGAAUUGGACGUGGUACAGGCUCGCCGGAAGGUCGACGAGGUGUCAAAGGUCCUUCUCGAGCACAAAGACCAGGCCAAUGUGGCCCGACGUCGGCUGCUGCAACACGAGGCAAAGGUACUGGCUUUGCGGGUUACUAGUCUGGAGAGCCAAGUCGUCGACAUGGGAAGGAUGCUCUCGGAGCAGAGCAAUCGCGACGAGGAGACCGAAGAGGAGGAGGCUGCCAGCAGCAGCGGUACCGGUGGCGGUGAUGGCGUCCGAUCGACUAAAAAGGUUGGGCACAACCUCGCGGUUGAAGAGGUAGAGGCGCUGAGGCUCAAGGUUGAGCGGGCAGAAGAGAGCCUGGCCCACGAGAGGCGGGAGAGGGAAAAGGAAGUCGAGAGCUGGCGCAAGAAACACGACGAAAACCUCGAGAAGCAGCGCCUGGAAUCGUCCGACAAGCUCAAAAAGGAGCGUCAGGAGGGCGAGCGCAAGCUACAGCGUGUCGUGGACGAAGCCAACCGAGAAAAGCGAGAGCUCGAGAAGCAGAAGGCAGAGGCUGAUGCCCAAAUAAAGGAAGCCAAGGUCAAGGUGGAAGAAGCUGGAGUCAGUCUGGCGACGGAGCGUGCCGUCAUGAGGGACCACCGCCAGCUUCUCGAGGCCUUUGAGCGCAAGCUGGAAAAGACCGAGAGCAAGUUGAGGCACGAGGACGAGCGAUGCGCAAAGAUGUUGGGCAAGACAGAGGGUCGUGAGGAGAUGGACGAUCUCCUGGCUCAAAUCAAGGCUGGCUACGGGAAUGCGCCAAAGAAGGGCGAAAAGAAAACAGCGGGCAAGGACAUCGAUUCGCUCCUCGAUAGCUUGGCCACGCACAUCUCGGACAUGGCAGACGAAAUGGCCAAGGCUGGAGGUGUCUUUAAGCAGAGAAGGAGAAAGAUGCGCCAAGAAGAAGGACACUUCUACGAUGAGGACGAGGAGUCGAUGGAUGGCGCGGAAGAAAGCGAGGAAGACAAUGAUCAGUCCAGUCGAGUUCGAGAGAUGGAGCUCGAGCUUCGAUCGACGGAGCGCGAACUUGAAAAGUGGCGAAGCGAGGCUGAAAGUGCAAAGAGGCAGCUCACCGUCGUGCAGCGCAACAGUGCCAUCAGUGCCACGGGAAGCAGCAUCAUGGGCGGUGGCGUGGGCUCACAGGCCGGCCGCUCCUUCGAUGGUCACCUUGGCAGCCGUGACUGGAGAGCAUCGCGCGGCAUUGCCUCGAACGCGACGGCGACAGCUGAGCUCGAAGCGCGCGUCACUUUCCUCGAAAAGCGAAAUGCCAGCCUCGAAGAGGAGCUAACGCAGGCAAAGUUGAUGCCGUCGCCCUCUUCUUCGAGCUCCUCGCCUGUCAAGGUUCCCGGUGCCCAGCCUAGCAAGGGAGACGACGCCUCAGCAAGGCAGCAAUUGGCCACGGCGAAGACGACGCUCAGCAGUCUGAUCGAAGCUUUGCCAGAGAUUCCCAGAGCUCUGGUUGCUGCAACAACGACAGAUGACAGCUUUGACCUGGAUUCGCUGCAAGAGGCCCUAGACCAGCGGACGGCCACGACCAAUGUGGCCAAGCUAGCUAGCCGAUUCGGUGCACAGGCCAAGCCGUCAGUGGAGUCGGCCAUCGACGCAAAAUACGGCGGUCAGGUGGUGGAGAGGGCCAGAGGCGUGCUGACAGCUGCUAGACUGGCUGUAAAGCGGGCCAUGGCGCUGCAACAGAUGCGCGCGUCGCUGGAGCGAGAGGCAGAUGAGGCUCAAGAGCGAUGCGAGGAUCUCAACCGGGCGAUGGAAGAUCUUCGGAAUGGUCAGGCUGACCAGAACCAGCUCGUGGAAGCCGCCAAGGCUCGCGAGAAGAAGCUAGAGUCUACUGUUUCCGAACUCAAGGCGAAGAUGGAAAAAUUGAAGAAGGCCGCGGCCGCCGGCAGUCAUUCCGCCACCACGGAGAGCAUCCACCCUAACCCUUCGCCGAUGCUCACGCCUGCUCAAAGCAAUCACAGCAUCUCGUCUUCCGUAAUCAAUCAGGGCCUCUUGAUGGCUCCCAACAAAGCUCUGGCACCUUCGCCGUCGCCGUCAAAGCGGCAAGUGGGUACGGUUGCUACGCCAGUGAUGAAUCGUUCGCCAGUCUUCAGCCUGGCGCAGACCUACAAGAGCUCCUCGGCCCCAUUUACUGAGCAGUACGCGAUGUCGAAGGGCAAAAUUAGUCAGAGCAGCAGCACUGGUUCGACCGUCUCGCCCCUGGCGUCAGCGUCGGCAUCCCUCUACGGACCUUCACCUCACCGCCGAGCCAAGGACCUGCCAAGCUUGCCCAGCACAGAGGAACAACUCAUGGAUUCUCCCUCGGCGCAGCUCCGUCGUCUGCAGUUGGAGUCUGAAGCAGCUCUUAACCCUUCGCCUUCGGUCCCACGCACGAUCACAUUGGGCAUGGACACGCGCCAGCUCAUUGAACGAGUUCGAGCGCUCGAGACAAAGCUCGUCGACGUCAGCAAGCGCUCGAGCCCGUCUAAUGAUGCGGCGCGGAUCAACCGUAUGCUGCAGGAACGUCUAGACGAGAGUCGAGCAGAGAUGGAGCGGAUGCACUUGGAGUUCGAGGAAAUCAAAGAGGUCGACGCUCGACAGCGCGUGCAGCUCCUGGAAGAGCUGUCGACGCUCACGUCGGAGUUGUCAACGGCCAGGGCGGACUUGCGGGCGGCUCAGAGAAAGGCCGGUUGAUUCUCUGUUGGUGCCUUACCCCACGCACCUUACUUUCUUUAUUCACGAGUGGACCGAUCAAGCAACACUGUAAUACCAUAUACCAUCACAGCC